AUGAAGUCUUACCUCGCCGCUCUUCCUCUCAUAGUCCCGUUGGUGUCAGCUAGCCCAGUCACCCUCGGCAGGAGAAACAGCGACCCUCUCGACCUCGAGUUGUCGCGCGACGGCAACACUGGCGUCAAGGCAACCAUCACCAACGCCGGCAACAUCGAGCUCAAGCUCUUCGUUCCUGGAACCAUCCUAGACAAGUCUCCCGUUGAGAAGGUGGCAGUAUAUUCUGGCAAUGACCGGGUACCGUUUGACGGCGUCCGCCUGCGCAUGGCACCUCCCGGCCUCAUCACCAACAAGGCCUUCCGAACCCUCGCGCCCAAUGAGACGGUCACGCUCGACUUCGACUUUGCACAGAUGCACGACGUCAGCCCUGGUGGCGAAUACAACCUCACAUCCAAGGGUGCCAUCCCCUACGCCGUCGGUAACACCACCAGAAUUGUCGGCUACGUCCCCUACAAGAGCAAUGUUCUCAACGUCCAAUCCGUCAACGGCACGCUGGCCACCAUCGCCCGCCGGGAAUUCCACGCCGAGGCCAAGCGCAUCGUCAUUCAGUCCGGCUGCACUGCCGACCAGGAGAAGGCUACCACGGACGCUCUCAUCCACUGCACCAACCUCGCCAAAGAUGCCACUCGCGCCGUCGCCCGCGAUAACAGGAGGAUGAAGGAGUACUUCAAGGCCACCGACAUGAACACCAAGAGGGUCGUACAGGCCGUCUUCACCCGCAUUGCCAAGGAGUGCGGCACCCGCCUCCUCGAGCAGAGCGUCUCCAAGCUCUACUGCACCGACGUCUACAACUCAUGCAAGGACGGCGUCCUGGCCUACACCCUACCGUCCCAGAGCUACAUGGUUAACUGCCCUCUGUUCUUCAACGCCCUGCCUUCUCUGACUCCCACCUGCCACGCUCAGGACCAGGCUACUACCACUCUCCACGAGAUGACUCACCUGGCCCAGAUCAAGGGCACUCUGGACUACGGCACCUACGGCUACGAGGGCAUCAAGAAGCUCCCCGCCGACCAGAACAUCAACCAUGCCGACACAUACUGCCUUUUCGCUAACUCGGUCAACCUUGGCGCGAUCUGCUAA